CAUUGAUCCCCUCCCAUUGAUCCCCUGUCAUUGAUCCCCUCACCUGCAGCAAGGCGUGUCGCCGUGAUCCCCUCGUGCCCUCAUUGAUCCCCUCGUCCUCCCAUCGAUCAUCUCGGGCUCCUCCGACUCCACAGUCCGCGUGUGGGACGUAACAACAGGCGCCAUGCUGAACACGCUCAUACACCACUGCGAGGCGGUUCUUCAUCUACGCUUCUGCAGCGGGAUGAUGGUCACUUGCAGCAAGGACCGAUCGAUAGCAGUGUGGGACAUGAGCUCGACGACGGAGAUCAACUUGCGCCGCGUGCUGGUCGGCCACCGCGCCGCCGUCAACGUGGUCGACUUCGACGAGAAGUACAUCGUCAGCGCCAGCGGGGACCGCACCAUCAAGGUACCCACUGAUCCCCUCUCCCCCUGA